AUGUUGCUAAAACUUGCAAUAUCCCUGAAACACCGGUCACAUUCACAUCUUUCAUCCAAAGCCAUAGGGUCCAAAGUGCCGGCGUACCGCGGUCGCCGCAGAGGCUCAAACUACAAAGACAAGCCGGCGCCCGGCACUCACCAGUCUGUGUUCAAACGCAAAGGAAACGACACGCGUUUACCUUACCCCACAAUUAUUAUAAAGACUCUUAUCAGAAUGUGGCCGUCGGCGUCAUUUGCAGCGCGAGUGUGCGCGGGAGUGGCGCUGGCGAUGUCACUCUCGCUGGGGGCGGGCCGGCGCGAAUACAAGGACCCUGACAAAAUGAACUCCGACAUAUCACUCUGGAUCGACGAGAGACAAGUGAGGAUGUUCAGUGGUAUAUCGAUGCAAGUGUUCGCAAUAGUAAAUGGCAACAUAUCACCAUAUAUCCUAGAGCCGAACUUCUCGCACAAGCUACCAAUCAUACCAUCAGAAGUAGGCUACGUCAAUUUUACAUGGCGAUCGAAGAAGAAAUACUUUUAUAACUUCGAUACUCUCACGUCAUCUGACCCAAAGGUUCUAAAGCCACCACUGCUAUCCAUCAAAACCCAGGGCCGGGUGCCUAAACUCCCUAAAGAAUUCAGUAUAUUUUUGCCAUGUAUGGGCAAUGUAAGUGGCGUAGCGACGUUUGAAAUAGGGCUAGUGCUUAAAAACGGUCGAGGCACCCCGUUGAAGGGCACGCCCCUAAGGUUAAACCUAAAGAAGGAAUGCGCACAGAGAGGUGUGUAUUUAGAAAGGACAGGCCCCGAUCCGGAAUGUGACAAAAAGUGUGCUAAUCAGGGUUGGUGCAAUAGCGAAAAGAUAUGUCAGUGCCCCGAGGGCUACAUGGGGCAGCACUGCCGAACGGCACUGUGCUACCCGCAGUGCAUGAACGGCGGCAACUGCACGGCGCCGGGCGUGUGCUCGUGCCCGCCCGGCUAUCAGGGCCGGCAUUGCGAGGGAGGUCAGACUAAAAACUAUUGUUUAUUA